GGACUCGAUUCUACUGACUAACGAGGAAAAUUUCUUGUUUAAAGAAAUCAUCUUGUAUCAAAAUGUCAUCGAGCAGUUGGUUCGAGAUUUAAUAAAGACUUAAUCCUAAUAACUGAGAAGAACGAUUCGUUGAUAGGAAGAUUAAUUACUUGAAAUUUUAUUAAAAAAGGAGUAUUUUGCAUUUAUUUAAAUUCAAGUGGACCAUGUAUUCGUAUGAACUUCGAGGUUUCGAAGAAAGCGUCGUAGUUUGUGCUAACAUUGCGAAACAUAUUUUGAAUAAUAUCUAUAUCCCAACACCACACUUAUUAUCAAUAAUAGCUGCCACGUUAAAUAUGAAAUAUAAGAAAUAAAAGAUCAAAAAAUUGAAGUCUUCGAGGAACACUAAACGAUCAUAAAUCAUUCACGAACAUUAGGAAAAUAACUUUUGCAAGUUGCAUCGUACGAAAGGAAAUAAUCGAUUAUUGUUUGUAGAAAAACAAAGCACACAGGCUUCGUUUAAGUCGGCUGGUUACAUAAUUUGGAGACAGUGAUUGACAUUAUUAUCGUCGGUGAGCAAAUUAGUUUCCUGAGAAGAUAACUAUCGCUGUCAUCAAACACGGUGCUAAAUAAACGAUUCGGCAAACGAUAACAUUCGGACGAGUUACAGUAAUUAUCUUCCGUGCAUCUGUGUUGUAGAAUAAUAUUUUUUCAACUAACAUUGCGAACGAGAGAAUUCUUCCAUUAUCUACGGCUAUGAUUGCGACAAAGAACGUAAGAUAAAAAAAAACAAAAAGAUAGGAAUCGUAGCUUCUGUGGAAAAAUAAGCGACAAUGGAGGUAGCUGAUAAUGACACCCAACCAUCAUUUCCUUUUCAGCGAAUCCUUUUUCCAUACACCUGUGCAAUAUCUGAUGCAUCUCAUUCCAUCUCCCCUUUUCAUGUAAUCACGUCGUGACUAUUUAUUCGACGGGCCAAAAGCGAGAGAAACAGUGUCGAGUGUCGAGAUAUCAGUGAAUAUGAAGUAUCUCCUCGUUUGCAGCGUGGUCGCUUUGCUGGGACUCUCUGUCCUUGGAGCUCCCUCGGAGUCUAGUUCCUCCAGUUCUUCCAGCCUUUACAGCGACCGAGAGAAACGCAGCCCCCAAGGUGACUCUCAAAAUUGCGGCCCACCACCGAAUGGAUCACCAUGCGGGCCACCUCCAGGAUCGCAUCCAGGACCACCCCCAGGUAUGUCUCCUGACGAUAUGGCCCAAUUGGGGCACACAAUGAUGUCUCAGUCUGGAUCCUCUGGAUUCGUGAGUGGAGAUAUGAAGAGAAGCAGAAGGGCUACUCGAGUAGGUGGAGACGGUGGUAGAGGAAGAGGGCGAGCAGGUGGUGAUAUGGGAGGUGGUAUGGGUGGUGGAUUUGGAGUUGGCAUGGGUGCUAACGUUGGUGCUGGAGGUCAACAUUGAGGUGGCAUGGAAUAAAUAAAUUCACGAACACCGUAGCUUUAAGGUGAUACAUGGAAUUCUAGAAAUAGUUAUGAAAUUGCUGAUGUAGUGUAGAUUAUCACGUUGAAAUAAAUCAAUUGAUAAAAAAACAACUUGUCUUUGAAAUAUCAUCAACCAAAUUUUGAGACCUUGGAUCCUGAUCCUUAUGUAAACUGUCUUCUUUAAGGAAAUUUGUAAUCUUUUGUUGAAUCAAAUGUUACUUGUUUAGCCACUGAAAGUCUCUACUAACCAACCAGAAACUCCCAGUGGGAGUUCAUUGGAUUUAUCUUUCGUUUCCUCGUGCGAAUCGCUUGAUGAAUCUCAAAUGGGGUGAAG